UUUGUUCAAGGAGAUGCAGGAAGUACGAUCAUUGUGACGACACGUAAGAAAAGUGUUGCAAUGAUGAUGGGUAAUGAGAAAAUUAGCAUGGAUACUUUGUCCACUGAUGUCUCUUGGUCUUUAUUCAAAAGACAUGCAUUUGACAACAUGGAUCCUAAGGAACGUCUAGAACAUGUAGAAGUCGGGAAACAGAUCUCAGCUAAGUGCAAAGGUUUGCCCUUAGCACUAAAGACACUUGCUGGUUUGUUACGGUCCAAGUCAAAUAUUGAAGAGUGGAGACACAUUUUGAGAAGUGAAAUAUGGGAGCUACAAGACGAAAGCAUAUUACCCGCGUUGAUGUUGAGCUACAAUGAUCUUCCCGUGCAUUUGAAGCCAUGCUUUUCCUACUGUGCAAUAUUUCCAAAAGACUAUCCAUUUCGGAAAAAAGAAGUCAUUCAGUUGUGGAUUGCUAAUGGUCUAGUACAGGGGUUGCAAAAAAAUGUAACAAUUGAAGAAUUAGGCAAUCUAUUCUUUCUCGAGUUGCAAUCAAGAUCACUUUUCGAAAGGGUCCCAAAUUCUUCUAAAAUUAAUGCAGAGGAAUUCUUAAUGCACGACCUUGUGAAUGAUUUGGCCCAAAUUGCAUCUUCACAACUUUGUACCAGAUUGGAAGAUAACCAAGAGUCUCAUAUAUUGGAACGAAGUCGACACGUGUCCUAUUCAAUGGGCUAUGGUGACUUUGAAAAGUUGAAACCUCUCUACAAAUUGGAGCAGUUGAGGACGUUGCUUCCAAUCUACAUUAAGCCAUUUUAUCCAGUUUCUCUAAGCAAGAGGGUGUUGCAUAAUAUAUUGCCAAGACUAACAUCCUUAAGGGCACUAUCAUUGUCUCGUUAUGAUAUUGUGGAGUUGCCGAAUGUCUUGUUUAUUGAAUUAAAGCUCCUAAAAUUUUUGGACCUUUCUUGGACACAGUUAGAGCAGUUACCAGAUUCCAUUUGUGUACUCUAUAACUUAGAGACACUUCUCUUAUCAUGUUGUAAAUUCCUUGAGGAUUUACCGCAGCAGAUGGAAAAGUUGAUCAACUUGCGUCACCUUGAUAUUAGCGACACUCCUCGCUUGAAUACGCUGCUACAUCCGAGCAAGUUGAAAAGCCUCCAUGUGUUGUUGGGAGCUAAAUUUCUUCUAGGUGAUCGCAGUGGUUCGAGAAUGGAUGAUUUGGGUGAACUGCAUAACUUGUAUGGAUCUCUAUCUAUUCUAGAGUUGCAAAAUGUGGCCAACAGAAGGGAAGCUUUGAAGGCAAACAUGAGAGGAAAGGAACAUAUUGAAAAGUUAUCAUUGGAGUGGAGUGUAAGUAUUGCGGACAGUUCACAAAAUGAAAGAGACAUACUUUGUGAGUUGCAUCCAAAUCCAAACGUUAAAGAACUCAAGAUCAACCGAUAUAGAGGGACAAACUUUCCAAAUUGGCUAGCUGAUCAUUCAUUUUCUGAGCUGGUGGAAUUGUCUCUAAGCAACUGCAACGACUGUUAUUCCUUGCCAGCAUUAGGCCAACUUCCUUCUCUGAAAUUACUUACCAUCAGAGGGAUGGAUCGAAUAACAGAGGUGACUAACGAAUUCUAUGGUAGUUCGUCCUCCAAAAAGCCUUUCAACUCUCUUGAGCGACUUGAGUUUGACGAGAUGCAGGAGUGGAAGAAGUGGCACGUACUAGGGAAUGGAGAAGAGUUUCCUAUACUUCAGAAUCUUUCAAUUAAAAAGUGUCCCAAGUUGAUUGGAAAGUUGCCUGAAAAUCUUUGUUCUCUGACAAGUUUGAUAAUUUCAAAUUGUCCGGAACUCAAUCUGGAGAGACCUAUCCAACUUUCAAGUCUUAAAAAGUUUGAAGUUGAAGGUUCUCCUAAGGUUGGAGUUCUUUUUGAUGAUGCUGAACCGUUUUUGUCUCAACUUCAGGGAAUGAAACAGAUAGUUGAAUUAUGGAUAAGUGAUUGUCAGUCUCUUACCUCCUUGCUUUUUAGCAGUUUGCCAAAUACCUUGAAGGAAAUAAAGAUAAAGCAUUGUGGUAAAUUGAAAUUGGAGUCAUCAGUUGGUGAUAUGAUUUCUAUAGGAAGUAACAUGUUUCUGGAGAAAUUGAAACUGGAAGGAUGUGAUUCGAUAAAUGAGAUAUCACCUGAGUUGGUCCCACAAGCACGCUAUUUGAGUGUAAGUAGUUGCGACGGCCUUACCAUGCUUUUGAUUCCCAAUGGGACUGAAGAUCUCAAAAUUUGUGAAUGUGAGAAUCUUGAAAUAUUUUCGGCGGCUCAAACAACAUUGUUGCGUACUUUGUAUAUUAGGAACUGCAAGAAGCUGAAGUCGCUGCCAGAACUUCUUCCAUCUCUUAAGGAACUGAUACUGCAGGAGUGUCUAGAAAUAGAGUACUUUCCUGAAGGAGGAUUGCCCUUCAAUUUAGAAGUCCUUGAGAUUGAGUAUUGCAAGAAACUGGUGAAUGGGCGAAAGGAGUGGGGUUUACAGAGACUCCCCUGUCUCACAGAGUUACGCAUCAUCCAUGAUGGUAGUGACGAAGAGAUUCCUGCUUCUGAAAAUUGGGAGUUGCCUUGCUCUAUUCGAACUCUUUGGAUAAGAAAUCUGAAAACAUUAAGCAGCCAAGUUCUCAAAAGCCUCACCUCUCUUGAAUCUCUAAAUGCUUAUACAUUACCUCAAAUUCAGUCACUGUUGGAAGAAGGGCUUCCCUCGUCUCUUUCUGAGCUUAGGUUAAAUAGCCAUGAUGAGCUCCAUUCACUACCGACCGAAGGUCUUCUACGCCUCACCUCGCUUCAACGUCUAGAGAUCGGCUACAGCAAUCAACUCCAAUCUAUUCCAGAAUCAGCGCUGCCCUCCUCCCUCUCUAAGCUGUAUAUCUAUGAUUGCCCUAAACUCCAAUCUCUUCUAGUAAAAGGGAUACCCUCGUCCAUUUCUACUCUAGUUAUUCACAGCUGCCCAUUGCUGGAACCACUCCUAGAAUUUGAGAAGGGGGAUUACUGGCCAAAUAUUGCUCAUAUUCCCAACAUAUAUAUCGAUGGGGAACACCUGUGAUGAUUCAAACGAAGGUGCUCUAACAGAUUGAGUUGAGCGAGGAGGCCGUGGUUUAGAGUAAUGCAUGUCCACUAUAGAAUUCAAAGGUAUACGCGACACAAAGUUUGUCUCCUACAUAUAAAAAAUAGAAAAGUUUGUUCCCAAUAUGAUUGUGGGAUAUCAACUUGGGUAACGAUAUGCAAGCUAUUACUGCUCUUAGCUCCAUUAGUAAAUGGAAAGUUGUGCUGUCAAAAAGCACAACUUUUUUUCAAAAAAAUCAUCGUGGAGAUUGUGUAAUGCUUACUCUCAAACUCUUCGUUUACACAGUAGUGAUAUUUUUUGUUUCUCUCUUCAUCUUUGGAUUCCUAUCUAAUGAUCCCGGACGUAAUCCUGGAAUAGUUGCUGAAAGUGAGUCCUUGCUAAGAAAAGAUAUAAGUAUGAUUUUGAUGUCUCCAUCUAUUAAGUGUAGUUGUGUAGGAAAUAAUUUCAAAUGGAUUUGGUUUUUCUUUCAGCAACAUCAACUGAAGCUAUUUUGGCUUUU